CGAUCUCUUUCGAUUAGAAAACCACAGGCCACCAGUGUGGCGAGAGCCACUAGUUUUAAUGCUCACACUGUGGGAAUUUUUUUCAACAAUUUACACACUGUCUACAAUAUGCACAAUUUUACCCCAAAUGAUAUAUGGAACAUGGAUGAAACUGGUGUGACCACAGUGCAGGCCCCUGAGAAGAUAAUAGCCACAAAAGGAAUACGCCAGAUUGGAGCAAUGACCUCUGGAGAAAGGGGUAAGCUAGUGACCAUUGCAGUGGCCAUUAAUGCCCUGGGGAAUUCGAUCCCUCCAUUUUUUGUUUUUCCCCGCAAACGAUUUUACUCUCACUUCAUCCAUGAAGGGCCACCUGCAUCAGCUGGAGCAGCAAAUGGGUCUGGUUGGAUGCAGGCAGAGGAAUUUUUGCAGUUCCUCCUCCACUUUGCCAACCAUACAAAGCCCUCACUGGACUCCAAGGUACUUCUCUUACUGGACAAUCACGUGUCCCACCUGUCUGUCCCAGCCAUGAAUUUCUGUAGGGAACGGGGCAUCGUUCUACUUACUUUUCCGCCACACUGCACUCAUAAGCUCUGUCCCCUGGACAGAACAGUUUUGCGCUCUUUCAAAGGGAGGGUCAACACGCACCUGGACCACUGGAUGAAAGCUCACCCUGACCAGAACGCCACAAUAUACGACCUCCCUGGGAUUGUUGCAAAAGCGUUGCCACAGGCAGCAACGCCUGAGAACAUCAUGUCAGGUUUCAGGUGCACUGGCAUCUGGCCCUACAGCCCUGAUGUGUUUGGAGAAAAUGACUUUGCUCCUGCAUAUGCAACCGACAGACCAGAGCCAACUACAUCCUCUGCAGGUUCUGCCACACUCCACCAGGGCUCCUCCGCUCUCCACCAGGGCUCCUCCGCUCUCCACCAGGGCUUCUCCGCUCUCCACCAGUCCGCUCUCCACCAGGGCUCCUCCGCUCUUCACCACUCCGCUCUCCACCAGGGCUCCUCUGUUCCUGAAUUCAAUCCUGCUUUAGUCAGGCCCUUCCCUAAGGCUCCUCCACGAAAAGCAUUUGCCAAGCCCCGAGAGAGGGCAACAAGUACCAUCAUCACAGACUGUUGCAGAGGAAGAGAUAAAAAAAGAGCAAAAAAACGGCUCAAAAGAAAAGAAGCCUUGCAAGUGUUACAACUAACCCUCUGUCUGUUACAACUAGCCCCACCCGCGGGGUAA